AUCGACUUUCUCACACAGAGGGAGAAGACUUUACACAAUGUGGUGGAAAGUCCGCGAUAUAAAAGUGACUGAAAGCCCCCAAACAUCAUCCAGUUCAUUGCGAACUAACGGAACUUCGAUACACGCCACCAGCGAUGAAGCCCUUGCUUUUAUUAUCGAUCUUAGUCCUUGCUGUCGUGACAGCAGAGGAGAAGAUCAAAGAGGAGAAAAAACAAACCAAGCGUGGAUUACUCAGUCUGGGUUAUGGGUAUGGGAGUGACAUCGAUCAUGGGUACUUAGUAGGAGCCGGCGGACACGGUGGUUUAGGCCUCGCGGGACUCUCCUAUGGAUUUGGACCCAUCGAUUUGGGACACUCCACUGCCAUUGAAAAAACCAUCACUUUGGUCAAAGGAGUACCAGUACCAUACCCCGUCGAAAAACACAUCCCGUACCCGGUGGAGAAACACAUCCCGUACCCAGUCAAAGUACCAGUACCACAACCCUACCCCGUUGAGAAACACGUCCCGUAUCCAGUCAAAGUACCCGUCAAGGUUCCAGUACCGGUACCCCAACCCUACCCUGUUGAAAAAAUCGUACAUGUCCCAGUCAAAGUACCAGUUGAUCGUCCAUACCCCGUCAAGGUUCUAGUACCCCAACCCUACCCCGUCGAGAAACAUGUUCCAUACCCCGUGAAAGUACCAGUACCCCAACCCUACCCCGUCGAGAAACGUGUACCAUACCCCGUGAAAGUACCAGUGCAUGUACCUCAACCCUACCCUGUGGUUAAACACGUCCCGUACCCAGUCAAAGUACCAGUCGAUAGGCCCUACCCCGUGCAUGUACCCCAACCCUACCCCGUCCAUAUUGAGAAGAAGAUUGCUGUACCGGUCGAGAAAUUGGUACCAUACCCCGUGAAGGUUCCCGUUGAUCGUCCAGUGGCCGUGCCUGUGCCUAAACCGUACCCCGUUGAGGUCAAAGUACCUUACCCGCAACCCUACCCUGUGGAGAAACCGGUACCCUACCCCGUCGAAAAACCGGUUCCUUAUCCGGUUAAAAUAGCAGUUGAGAGGCCAGUGCCGUACCCAGUGGUCAAACCAGUGGCGUACGAGGUGGAGAGACCGGUUCCCGUUCCCGUUAAGGUUCCCGUUGCCGUUCCCGUUCACGAUCACUACCACCACCACAUCGACCACUACUAGUGAUCCACACUGUGUGUGUUAUUUAUCUCCGUUUAUAAAUACUUAUUCUCGUUAUUUAUAAAAUGCCAAAUUAGUUACUUAUAUUUUUCUUUAAUAAAUAAUUUAAUUUCCAA